AGCAUCAUUCAUUCUCUUCGCUGCCAAGCUUUUACCGCAGUUUCUUUUUUCAAGGUCCUCUAAAUUCUCCUCGUUAUCCGUGUUCUGUUCAUCAAUAAACAAUUCCCUCAAUUCAAUUGUUUACGUAGUUAGGUCUAUCUAUUUCACUAUGGUGUAUAGUUAAGUGUGGUUGGUUUUUUUUUAUUUGAUUCUGGUUUGGAUUCAUGGGCUUGUUAAAUAUUAUUUAUGAAUCUAAUUCGUGCGAAAACCUUGCAUAUUUGAGUCAUGGUUUUUCUUUGUUGGUAAUCGAUUGUAUGUUGACCUGGGUAUCGUUGUUUUCAGCAUGGGAACGGUGUCUUUCUCGGUGGUAUAGAUAAACAUAAUGAUGUUAUUAUACCUCCUAUGAUUUUUAUAGUCAUACUGUAUUUGAUCAAUUUUGCUGAUUCGAAUUGUGUUUUUGAUUUGUCGGAUAGCUGAUGUUUCUUGUUUAUGAUUAUUAAGGUUUGUAAUUUUGGGGAAGGCGGUGAUAAUUAGUUGAAUUUGUUUUGUUCUUAGAUGCUUGUUUUUGGCGUUGAAAUUGCAGAUCUUUCUUGCUUUGAGAUUUUAGUCAUAAUGGGUAAAGAGAAGAUUCACAUUAACAUUGUGGUCAUUGGCCACGUCGACUCUGGGAAGUCAACUACCACCGGCCACUUGAUCUACAAGCUCGGAGGUAUUGACAAGCGUGUCAUUGAGAGAUUUGAGAAAGAAGCUGCUGAGAUGAACAAGAGGUCAUUCAAGUAUGCCUGGGUGCUUGACAAGCUUAAGGCUGAGCGUGAAAGAGGAAUCACUAUUGAUAUUGCCCUGUGGAAGUUUGAGACAACUAAGUACUACUGCACUGUGAUUGAUGCUCCCGGACACAGGGAUUUCAUUAAGAACAUGAUUACUGGAACAUCUCAAGCUGACUGUGCUGUUCUUAUCAUUGACUCCACUACUGGUGGUUUUGAAGCUGGAAUUUCCAAGGAUGGACAGACUCGUGAACAUGCUCUUCUUGCUUUCACUCUUGGUGUUAGGCAGAUGAUUUGCUGCUGUAACAAGAUUGAUGCUACCACUCCUAAGUACUCCAAAGCUAGAUAUGAUGAAAUUGUGAAGGAAGUUUCUUCCUACUUGAAGAAGGUUGGAUAUAACCCUGACAAGAUACCUUUUGUUCCCAUCUCUGGUUUUGAGGGAGAUAACAUGAUUGAGAGGUCCACAAACCUUGACUGGUACAAGGGUCCAACCCUUCUUGAGGCCCUUGACCAGAUCAAUGAGCCCAAGAGGCCAUCAGACAAGCCUCUCCGAUUACCCCUUCAGGAUGUCUACAAGAUCGGAGGAAUUGGAACAGUGCCUGUAGGGCGAGUUGAAACCGGUAUCUUGAAACCUGGAAUGGUCGUUACUUUUGCACCAUCUGGACUGACAACUGAAGUCAAGUCUGUGGAGAUGCACCAUGAAGCUCUUCAAGAGGCCCUUCCUGGUGACAAUGUGGGAUUCAACGUCAAGAACGUUGCUGUCAAGGAUCUCAAGCGUGGUUAUGUAGCCUCAAACUCCAAGGAUGACCCUGCCAAGGAGGCUGCUAACUUCACAUCCCAAGUUAUCAUCAUGAAUCACCCUGGGCAGAUUGGAAGUGGCUAUGCACCAGUACUUGAUUGCCACACCUCCCACAUUGCUGUCAAGUUUGCUGAAUUGAUGACUAAGAUUGACAGGCGAUCUGGCAAAGAGCUUGAGAAGGAGCCCAAGUUCCUGAAGAAUGGAGAUGCCGGUUUUGUGAAGAUGAUUCCCACCAAGCCCAUGGUGGUUGAAACUUUCUCUGAGUAUCCUCCUCUUGGUCGUUUUGCUGUGAGAGACAUGCGUCAAACUGUGGCCGUGGGAGUCAUCAAGUCGGUGGAGAAGAAGGAUCCAACUGGAGCUAAGAUCACCAAGGCUGCACAGAAGAAGGGCAAGUGAAUCGUGCAGGAUGGUUUAUCAAGAAACCUAUAUCUUCAUGACUACAAUAAAUGGUUUCUUGUUAGUAAUAUUUCCAUUUUUCGUCCAGUGAACUUGUUUUUCGGUGUUUGUGUCAGGUCUGCCCCGUCGUCUCGGAACUUUUGUUCUCAGAACUGGGUUCUUGAUCGACGGUGGCAAGGCUUUUUCUUUUUUGGUUUUGUGCUUUCUAUUUUUGAAAGCUGCAGCGAAUUUGAGGACUAGUCCUACGCUGCCUGUUUGGUUUAUCAUUGUCAAGUGUCAGUCAACUAUAUACUAUGUACUGUGUUACUAUAUUUCAUCUAUAAUUUUAGUUUUAGUUUAAAUCCUAGUUCCU